AAGGAUUUACCCUGGCCCCAGGCUCAUUAACUUCUGUGCUGGAUCCUGUUGGAUACACAUAAGACAAUCAGGUACAACACAUCAGCCUAACAACUGUUGGAUGUGUUGUUGUGACGGGUAGAUAUUUCAACGAUUGUGUUCGACAACAUCAACAGUUACCACUGUAUCAUUGUGUGCUAGAUAAAACGUCAAUUAACGAAUUCACUGGGAGGAGUUGAAUGAUCUAACACUGACUUAACUGUUGACUCAAGCUCAGCGUCCAUAUUGCGUCUACCCUGUUCAGAGUCAGUGCAAGAAAGUUAUGACGCUGGCGUCAUCUAUAGUGGUGGCUUUAAUUAGUCUGAUCCACACCGCUAAAAUUGAUGCAGGUUUGACCUGCCUGGCGUGCUCCUACACGUUUGCUGGAGAAGACGGCAGCACGGACCUCCAGUGUGUCACAGAUGUGUACAACUUCACGCGUACAUUCCACGUCUCGUGUACACACGUGUGUGUCACUAAAACAGUUUAUACCAGAGAUUACAAGCGCAUCAACUCGAUAGCCCGGGGGUGUGGGUUCGAAGAGGUCAACAAGUGCGACCUGCCGGACAGCGUGUACCCCACCUGUGAGGUGUCCUGCAAGUCACGUGACGCCUGCAAUGACCAGUCAGGUGACCUGUGGUCCAUGAUGGGGGACCCUGGGAACGGUUCACCUGAAACCUCCGUCUCUGCCGUCACCUGGGUCUUGUUACACCUGGCUGUGUUGUGUAAGACGAUGACGUCAGAAUAAACUCAUAAUUGUUGUUAAUCA